AUGGCGACAUGGAUCCUGCAGCGCGUUUCGCUAUUCGCCGUCUUGACUUUUAUCCUCCAUGCCCCCAUAGUGCUGUCAUCUUCUGCGGUCUCCACUCCACCUACCACAGAUAAGAUGCCGCCAAUCAUCCUGCUCAAAACAACCACAACCAGUACGGUUCCUCUUCGCAACGCCCUCGCUCUACUGGGUUACGAACAACUCGCCAUUUCAACCAUCACUCGGAACUCGACACGGCAGCAGACCUACGAUACGGAGGGCGAGAAGCUGUUUGUGGAGCUCCACUGGGCCAUCGACGACGAUUUCGCGACUCUCGCGUCUUUGUACCCGUCCGCGAGGUUCAUCCUUCCAGUUCCGGAACAUCCAGCAGAGUCUAGCCGGGCGAGGAAAUGGGCUCGUAGAGCGACAGGAGCCAGUGUUUCGAAUCUUGUGGAGAAGCUGGAGGCUUAUCAGUACGCCGCUUCAGUACGCAACUACUUCCACGAUUGCAACGAGGAGACGAGGUUGCUUGAGGUGAAGAAUGGGUGGCUUGGGGAUCGCAGCGGAGAUUGUUGGGUACAGUUGUGCGAAUUCUUGGGGAUGGGUUAUAGCGUUGUGGAGCGCAUGAAGCUGCGAAAAUUCCCUGAUACUGCGAGUGCUGGAGGUUCGGAUUGGAAGGUUGUUUUCCAGGGGCUACACUGGAGAGGAUGGGACUUGAGAAGUCGGUGA